UAGAUGCUGUUGCUUCCAUGGUCACUGCUACCAUAACAACUAUUGAGGUUGGUGUGGUUGCUGUGUGUGCUAAUCUGGACAGUCCAUCUGGUGGAACAAGUGUACCCAUCACUGUUGUGUUUACUUGGAGUGGACAACAGACACGUAACCUUCCAAAGUGGAGCUGUACUUCUCUCUGAACGAUGCAUCACUUACACUGACCCUGUGAGCGAUGAUGAACUGUUUGAGACUACAAGUCCACUUGCGUCAUUCAUUGUGACAUUGAGUGCUAACCAGGAUCGUGUUACUGCCACUGGUACCACCACAAUCAACGUGUAUGAUGAUGAUAUAAUGCUGUGUUGGCUCUACAAAUGACAUCAUACAACUUAAAAAGAAGCAACCAGCGAGACUGUGUGAUACUUGUGGCGCCAUUUCUCACCAUUAGCACAACUAAUGUUUUAAGCCCAGCAAGUUAAUAGUAAAAUUCCAUAAUUAAGCAUGAGACAGCACCAAUCACUGUAUUUCCUUGCACAGCUCGUGAUGUUGACUUCACUGUUGAUGAUCAGCUAGUACAUAAUACAAGAUUGGUCAGUCCUGUUUGUAUCACCGUGACAAUAUAUAGUUGAUGACACAAUAACCGUGACAAUAUAUAUAGUUGAUGACACAAUAACCAACUCUGGAGAAUCAUUCAGAGUUCAAAUAGCCAUGCACUUCGAAUACAGACAGAGUUUCUUUCAGUAAUGGCGUCUCGGAAACAAUCAUCAAUAUCAUCAAUGAUGAUGUUUUGCCUGCUCCAACAAACCUAAGAAGUAUCAGUACAGCCUCGACUAGUGACAUUGGCCUGGGAUGCUCCUGACAGUAGUUCAUUUUCCAUAGCCAUGAUUAGCUCAGUAUACUUUAAUGUGGAACAGUGUGCAAAGAACAGUGACGUCUGUUCAGCUCCAAUAUACUAUACGCCAUGCAGUUGGUCCCAUUUCAAGAGUAUCAAUUUUCUGUACGUAUUAUACAUGCCAAUUUUGUGGAUGGGGGUAGGAGUGACUCUGUUUCCAUCAACAUUAGAACACCGGAGGAUGUUCGAGGAAGUCCACCUGCUAUGCUGAUGGCUUCACCCACGGCCACCACCCUCACCCUCUCCUGGGAUUCAUCAACUGAACCUAAUGGAGUCAUCAUCACCUACACACUGUAUAUGUGGACUACCUCAAUGGAAUCACAACAAACAUCAUUACUACAUCCGAACAGUUCACCAUAUCACAUCUUUUGAGCCCCUAUCAAAGCAUAAUUAUCAGCGCAAGUAUCAGCCAGUACUUCAGUUGGUGAGGGACCAAGAACACUCAGUAUGAACUUCACUACAGCUGAGGCCAGUGCAUGAGUUCAUACAAUGCAUGCAGUCUCAUAUAGCAUACCCUUAAUGGCAUGUGAUAAACCAUUCCUUCAGAAUCUGGCCUAGUUGGUAGCCUGAGAGUCUUAAGAGUGAAUGAAACUACCCUCACUGUUAACUGGAUUGUGCCUGGUGAGGUUAAUGGAGUGUUACUAACAUACACCAUCAGGACCAGUGAGGAAGGAAGCAGCUCAGCAGAUACAGAGUACAUGCAACACUUCAGCUACCUUGUUCUCUAUACAUGAAUUAGCUCCCUAUACUCCCUAUGUGGUAUCAGUGGCUGCCAUCAAUGGCGCCGGUUUUGGAGUGGCUGUCAGUGUUGUAGAAUUCACUGCUGAAGGAAUUCCUCCAUUCCAUCCUUGAGAUAUUGGUUCCACUCGACUGAAUGGAACAGCUAUGCGGGUGUCAUGGAGACCACUCAGUCGCUCAGAGGCUAGAGGCUUCAUCACUAACUACACCCUCACCUACUGGAGAGUUGGCUCUAAUGCUGCGAAUGCUAGUACCAUUACUGUAUCUGGGGAAGACGCCAGCUCUGCUAUAAUUAUUAAUCUGGACCCAAACUCUGAUUACUACUUUACAGUGUCAACUGGUACAGUACAGGGAGUGGGCAAGUCGAUACCAGGUUCACUGUUCACUUCCCUGAUGAAGUGCGGCCUCGUAUCGAGGCUAUAGUAAGGCAAUAGAUGACUUCCAUAAAAUUUGCUGAUCUUUCCUUGAUGUACUUGGUCAAAAAAUUGUUGAAUGCCAGUGUUGCCAUGGUUAUACCCACACAGUCAUCAGGGACAAUGGUGGCAGUCAUUGCUGGGGCUAGCUGUUGUAGGACUGAUUGUUUCCGGGGUUCUACUGACAAUCAUAGUCUGCAUUGUUUGCAUAAUUACAAGAAGACAACACGAUGGGCCUAAACAGAAAAGUGUAUCAAGGAAUCCAGCAUAUGGUAUGUCAGUUAGACAAGCUCCUAAUGAUGCAGUCAACGUCCAGUCAAAUGAUGAGCACACAUAUGAACAUGUACGAGAAAUACAUGUAGAUGAGGUGAUUUACGAAACUAUUGAUCCUGACAGAAACAGCAGUGAAGGUAGAGUAGUUAUGGUAUCCAGCAAUGCAGCCUCCUACAGAGUGAGAUUGUGAUGUCAUAGAACACAAAUGUAACUGUAUACGUGUCAAUCAGUGUAUGCUGAUAAGUUUAUUAGUAUUUUUUUGUACAGUCAUUUUAAUAUCAGAUAGUUGUGUUGG